AUGCAUACGGCGGCUCCCCCGCCGCGCGCGCCAGGUCGCAUCAUUGUCGAAAUUAUUCAGGCGAUCCGCGCCACGGUGCCCGCCGGGUUCUGUGUGGGGAUCAAGGUCAAUUCCGUGGACGUGGGCAGUGCGGCCGAUAUGGGGGAUUGUAUCCAGCAGCUGCGGGCGAUCGCCGAGGCGGGCAUUGAUUUUCUCGAGCACGGGAUUGGGCAAGCAGAAAAGGCGAACACGCUGGCUCGGGAGGCAUUUUUCCCCGGCACGCCGCUCCUCCUGACGGGCGGGUUUCGCUCGCGCGGGAGGGUGCAACCUGCCCUGAAGGAGGGAGUAUGUGAUCUGGUGGGGUUGGCGAGGCCGUCAGUGCUUGAUCCGAUGCUUCCGCGGACGGUCCUGCUGAAUCAGGAUGCCUCUGACAAGGAUGUUGUGAUGUAUGCGAAGAGAAUACCCGGGAGUACCUUGACGGAGAGACUGGGAGUGAAACUGCUGGGAGUGGGCCUGGAGAGGGACUGGUACACGGAGCGUCUCCAUUGGAUUGGCGCCAUCAAGACCACGAUCAUGGUCACUGGCACGGCCUUUCCCCUUGGCACUGCGAUUGUCCGCAGCAUGCUCCGCCGGCCUGACUUGGUCAAGAACACGUACGGACUGUACGCCACGGCGCAUGGAGCUGAGAGUCGACUGCGUGAAUUCCUCGAGUCCAACAAGCACACCCAUAAGAUCCUGACGCUGGCCUACACGGAGCUCGCUGAUGUCCGCAAAACAGCUGAAGGGAUCAAUCGACGGGUCGCUAUCGGAUCACUGCCGCCGAUCCAGGCCUUGGUCCUCCAUGAGAAAGAUGAUGUGAUGCCCUUUCUGCUGAGUCUGCUCCUGCUACAGAGUAUCGACCAGGAUCGCGGCCGAAUUGUUGUAAUCGGAAAUAGGACUCGCCGGAUGGACGCCUUGGGGAGUUUCACUGACAAGCCCGCUGCGACUAAGCUCAGUGACACCAUGCUCUGGUGUGAAUUGUCCGCGCGUCUAGCGGUGGACCCUGCGCUGUCCAAUAUCUCGGUGGCGGUGGUGGACCAGGCCUGGCAGCCGGCCCACUGGUUCGAACAGACGCUGCUGGCACAGAUCCUGGUGUGGCUAGUGGCCACUGUGGCAAUAUUACUCCGGCCUGAUGUACCGACCAGCAUGACUCGACGGUCGGCAGAAGAUGUGGCGCGAGUGCUGGCCGAUGAUAGAAAUGGGGUCUGGGUCAGUGGCUGGGUCGUCUCGGAGUCCGACGUCGACGUCAAGCAAUGGAGAGAAGCGUGGUGCAAUUACCUGGUGAAGGCCAAGGUUAUCCAGGGAGACACGACUUUAACGCAAUGGCAGUGA